AUGGACACCCAGAGUGAGCGUCGCCAUGAUGGCGUGGGUGAUGAUUACACAUACGAUGAUGCCCCGGGGGAUGUUCUGGAAGAUGAGCACGAAACACGCGAAGAGCCAUCGACUUCUCGGAAUAAUAGCAACUCAGCACCCCGUUUCCCUAUCCCCAGGAGAGCCAUGGGUGCCGUUGAAAUUCCCAUGAUUGUCAUGAAUCUGGAAAGAACGGAAAAGGCUUUUGGAAGCAUCUCGUCGUUCCAGAACAUUCUCGACACGGAAAGGAAUACCAUCCCCUUCUAUUUGAAUCCUGAGAGCCCGUUCCGCAGACCAAUCAUGUCUCAUAGUGCCACUAGUCACAAUGUGGUACUGAAAGUGACCGUACCGAAGCGUACCGGAAGAAAGCGAAAGAGAGGUACGGAUGGCCCGUGGGAGGGCGAGAUCGAGAUGACCGAUGCCCCUCGGUUUGGAGCAUCAGGGGAGCGAAUCUACUCCAGAUCGCGGUUGGACAACCCGAAAGUCUUGCGGCGGAAGAUGCAGGACAACGUAGAUAACUACGAGGUGGAAGCCGUUGGCGUCAUCAAACAUACUCACCGAUUCCGCGGCAUGGCAGAUUUCCACUGGAGUCUGAAGGAGUCCCCAUUCAUUUCGAGGUUCAUGGACCAGAUCAUGCCUGGCGAUAUCACCCAAAUGAGGGAUUUCAAGUUCAUCGACGGCGUCGACAAAGGGCCAAACGUGGACAUCAUCCCACCGCCCGUCUGGACGCCAAUGACUCUGCCGUUCAUCUACAACUACUCACAAAAUCCUUACGUGCGCUCCGAGCUCGACCAUACUGGCGAAACAAAACUCAUCAACACUCAACUACCGACCCUGAUCGGCUACUUUUUGAAGGCAGACCAGUAUCCUAUCCCUUCAGGUCCACAGUCGCCCUGGGACGGAACCGACGAGGAAGUAACCACCUGCAUAGCCAAGAUGCAGGAGGCAAUGGAAGAACGCCCCAUAUGGACACGCCGUUCCCUACUCAACAAACUCGGCUCCAUCGUCCGUAACGCCAACGUGAUGAAGCGCUGCGUCGGAUAUGUAGGCUACCAAUUCCGCGGCGGCCCCUGGCGCGAUGCAAUCAUCAAAUACGGCGUCGACCCGCGCACUGAUCCAGCCUACAAGACAUACCAGACCAUGAUCUUCAAUAUGCGCAAGCUGCAAGCUGGGCACAUCGGCGAGACUUGGCAUGCUAUCCGCAGCCUGCGCACCGAGCAACGCCAGCCGCAAGGCGAUAACCACGAGAGCCACAUCUUCGACGGCAAAUCCUACUGGACCGACGGGAAGGUCUGGCAAAUAUGCGACAUCACGGAUCCCCUCAUCGCAAACAUCUUCGCCACAGCUCCGGAACGCUCCGUGGUUGACAUCUACAACAGCGGGUGGUACCAUCAAGGCACAUGGGCCAAGGUCAAGGGCAUCAUGAAGACAAAGAUGAUCGCCAUCCAGUUCGGACGUAAGCUAAAGGAUGAGGACUUCGCCGGCAUCGUCGACGUCCGCGAUACUACCCCGCCACCUGGGUCGUCGAGCGUGCACAUCCCGCUGCCAGACUUGCAGCUCACCGAUGCCGAGAAGAGGGUGCUUUACGGCAGACGAUUCAAGGAGCCAAAGAAGAAGCGCAAAGGUACGGCCUACCGCGUGACGAAGGCCAAUGGACCUCGCAGUGUUGCCGCAGCAGCCGCCAUGGGCGCGGAGGAGACGCCAAACCCCGAGCAAGGCAUUCAGGAAGAUCUCAUGUCUCUUGCUGGAGACGACAGUCUCGACGAGGAGGAAGACUAUGAGGAAGACGGCUUUGAGCAGGAAGAUGGGGUCUACCCCGCUGGCCCUGAGGGUGAGGAGUACGGUGAAGAUUAUGAAGAUGGGGAGGCUUAUGGGUACGAUGAGGAGGGAGAAGGAUACGACGAGACGUACGCCUACGAAGAAGGUGACGAGGUGCCUCAGCAUGUGGAUCCCUCGAUCUACCACCCCAAAGACCCAGAGAACGAGGGAGUCUACCCUUCAGCGGCACUUGGAUAG